AUGUAUUAUAAAAGGGUUCUGAAGCGGAAUCACUGGAAUAUUUUAAAAAAUGAGCUCGUAAAUUUGUUUUCCCAGAAUAGUCGGGACACCAGUGUUACUUUGGACGUUUUGGACUGGCCGGCCUUCGUUCAGAAGGAACACCUUCUCGACAAGGGCCUGGUUCCAGGUCUCAUCUCUGGCUUCGGCCCCUUGCGUAAAAUCUGCAUCAAAACCUCCCUUGUUCAUCCCCUGGCCUUCGAUGAACAGUUCGGCCAUUUGAGCUACCUUUUCACAGGAAGGUUGUACAAUCUCAAUUACAAAGGAACCAUUGAGAAGUGUGUAAUAUCUAACGUUCAAUGCGAUCCCCUCGAGAAGUCAGUUUACUUCAUUAGGUUCAAGAGGCAUGUGGAGGGUCAGAUUUCUGAGGUCAAUAUUCCCUGCACACUUGUCGGCUUAAUGGCUUCUCCCGCCUAUUUAAAAGGUUAUCAUGUUGAGCUCAUGAUGCCUACCAUUAAGUGUGAAGUUGCUGGCUCUUACGUUCCUCCUCCCUUUCAAAUAGACGUUUCCAAGCUCGAUUACGAGCAUCCUUUCAGGUCGAUUUACUUGAAGGACAUUGAACACCUUCUUCCCCUGGACGAAAGUGUUCUCUUUCACCGUGACUACGACUUGGCUUCUCAGGAGGUAGUCUGCACUUAUCUUCCUGGCACUUUGCCUGAGCAGCCCCUUCCUCCUGACUACGUUGACCCCAAUUUCUUAAAUAAGAAGGGCACUCGGAUUCACUUAACACACAAAGGCUUUUGGCCCAAACAGUGA